AUGCUCAUUUCCAUCCCUGAUAACGUUGUCAAUCGUUCAGCUCCUGGGGAUCUGUCAAGGGAGGCUCUCAAUCGUUCAGUUCCUGGGGACCUGUCAAGGGAGGCUCUCAAUCGUUCAGUUCCUGGGGACCUGUCAAGGGAGGCUCUCAAUCGUUCAGCUCCUGGGGAUCUGUCAAGGGAGGCUAUCAAUCGUUCACUUCCUGGGGACCUGUCAAGGGAGGCUCUCAAUCGUUCAGCUCCUGGGCAUCUGUCAAGGGAGGCUCUCAAUCGUUCAGUUCCUGGGGAUCUGUCAAGGGAGGCUCUCAACUGUUCGGCUCCUGGGGACCUUUCAAGGGAGGCUCUCAAUCGUUCAGCUCCUGGGAACCUUCAAGGGAGGCUGUCAAUCGUUCAGCUCCUGGGGACCUGUCAAGGGAGGCUCUCAAUCGUUCAGUUCUAA